CUCCAAACCUCAUACUUUUCUGAGAAUCCUUCCAUUUUCAGGAGGCACCCGCUAUCAACAAUGCUUUUCCAGAGAAAACCCAAUUUCCCACGCAACCCAACCCUUCAUAAUUGCUACCACCAACCUCUCGUCUUCACCACAGAAGUUCACCCCUCAUAGAUUAAAUCCCUCCCAAAACCUUAGAACUUCACUUCCCUCAGGUCAUAGUUUCCUCCCCACCAAAGAAAUGGCUUCUGGGUUUUCUUCAGCAACCAAUUUAGCCGCUGCAAUGGCCCUGUUUUUCUUCAUCUUGCUCGCCAGUGCUCACACAUCCUCCCCUGUUCCACCCUCGUCCUCUGCUCCACCGCCGCUCCCUGACGACGAUGAUGUAAUCACACUAAAGGAUAUAAAAACGACCUAUCUAAUGCCGACAUUGGUCUUGUUCGUGUUCAUUUGUUUCACCUUGGCUUGUCUUUGUAUAUCGGUCGGCGGCUCCAACGAAACUGUUCUCAAGGUUCAGGUUGUGUUGUCUGCUAGAGCUGGUGACACAGGCCGUGUCCUCCGCGACAUAUUUGCAAACACCAACAGACCAGAGCCUAUGACAUCGUCGAAGAAGACAGUGUUGAAAGAGAUCAUAAAUGCACUGUUGGAGCACCAAAGCAGCUUCAUCUAUGGCUCUUCUACAUCCGUGAAAGGGAAACCCUCGGAUGAUUUAUGGCCUCUGAAGGGAAUGGUGAGGGAAGAAGAGAGAAAGCUGAGAAUCGAACGAGAGUAUGUCUAUAAUAAUCUGUUGGUUCCCAAGUUAGCGCCGAAACAGGACAAAGAUUACACCGUGGUGGUGAUUAUGGUGCAUGCUGAGGGUGAUCAUAAGCUCCCAGCGGUCAGUAGUAGCGUGGAUGUGAAAGAAGCUCUCAACUAUCUGGAAACCAAGUUGUUCUCCAGAGUUCUGGACGUGGAGGUAAUGUGGGUUUACCAGGAUCCUUUGCGAAUUGUGGAAUUGCUUGAUGGCUAUCCAGACCUGAAUUCCAUCCUUGCUUGAAUCGUGAUGAUGCAAAUUAAUUACUACCGCUCUCUGAGUCUUUGUACUAGCUGAUGCCUGUUCUUAUAGUUGAGGGUUUAUGUCAGAUUGCUCUAACUGAUAAAUGAAGUAAGGAGAUAUUAGGGUAUGUGUAGGAUUUUAUGAGUAUUAAAGUAAGAGGUGGGUUGGUAUUUGCAAUUGUUAGAACGAAUGCAUAAAAUGUUUGCAUUGUAAAUUGAUCUAUUAUUUAAAUGCGUUAUUUUAUUCCAAUAUUUGGUGGUUGUGAUUAGUGCUGGAAGUUUGGUACCGGUAUUUGGAAUAUACCGAAAACCGUACCGAAUUUGUCUAUAUUUGUUAUUACCGAAUACACGUAUUAUUUUGUG